GGCAGAGUUCAGCUAGAGCAGGGCUCGCUCACGAUAACGAACAUCAGCCUGUCAGAUGCUGGCAUGUAUCAGUGUGUAGCGGAAAACAGAUAUGGCAUUAUUUUUGCCAGUGCAGAACUGAGUGUCAUAGCCGUCGGUCCAGACUUCUCCAAAACACUCUUGAAAAAGUUAACUCUUGUUAAAGUGGGUGGUGAAGUAAUCAUUGAGUGUAAGCCGAAAGCUUCCCCCAGACCUACUUAUUCUUGGAAGAAAGGAAAAGACAUCCUACGAGAAAAUGAGAGAAUCACUGUUUUGGACGAUGGGAGCCUCCGGAUUGUCAACGUCACCAAAUCCGACGCGGGAAGUUACACCUGCGUGGCCACAAACCACUUCGGGACAGCAAGCAGCACGGGCAGCUUGGUUGUGAAAGAUCCAACCCGAGUUAUGGUGUCACCUUUCAGCAUGGAUGUCACUGUUGGAGAAAGCAUUGUCUUGCCUUGUCAGGUAUCUCACGAUCACUCGCUAGAUAUCGUGUUUACCUGGUCAUUUAAUGGACACCUGAUAGACUUUGAAAAAGAUGGGGAUCACUUUGAAAGAGUUGGAGGGCAGGAUUCAGCUGGUGAUUUGAUGAUCAGAAGCAUCCAGCUGAAGCACGCUGGGAAGUACGUCUGCAUGGUGCAAACAAGUGUGGACAAGCUAUCGGCUGCUGCAGACCUGAUUGUAAGAGGUCCCCCAGGCCCACCAGAAGCUGUGACAAUAGAUGAGAUCACCGACACCACCGCUCAGCUGUCCUGGAGGCCGGGAGCAGACAACCACAGCCCUAUUACAAUGUAUGUCGUACAAGCAAGGACCCCCUUCUCGGUGGGAUGGCAAGCGGUGAGCACAGUUCCAGAGAUCAUCGAUGGCAGGACAUUCACAGCGACAGUGGUGGGUCUGAACCCUUGGGUCGAAUAUGAAUUUCGAGUAGUGGCUGCCAACCUGAUCGGGAUUGGAGAGCCCAGCAGACCUUCAGAGAAGAGAAGAACUGAAGAAGCUCUUCCUGAAGUGACACCGGCUAACGUCAGUGGUGGCGGAGGGAGCAAGUCUGAGCUGGUCAUCACUUGGGAGACCGUGCCCGAGGAGCUGCAGAACGGAGGCGGCUUCGGGUACGUGGUGGCCUUCCGCCCCUUCGGCACCGUCAGCUGGAUGCAGACUGUCGUGGCCUCCCCGGACGCCGCCAGAUACGUCUUCCGCAACGAGACCUUGCCGCCCUUCUCGCCCUACGAAGUUAAAGUGGGGGUGUACAACAACAAGGGGGAAGGGUCGUUCAGCCCCGUGACGGUCGUCUACUCGGCAGAGGAAGAGCCGACAAAAGCCCCAACCGCUGUUUUGGCCAGAAGUCUUUCUGCCUCAGACGUUGAAGUUUCUUGGGCUCCCCCUCGGGAGAACCAGCACAAAGGAAGAAUACAGGGAUAUGAGGUCAGGUGCUGGAGGCACGACGAAAAGGAAGAAAACGCAAAAAGGAUUCGAACGGUUGGCAAUCAAACGUCUGCAAAAGUCAGCAGCCUGCGAGGCAACGCGCUGUAUCACCUGGCAGUCAGGGCGUACAACACGGCUGGGACCGGCCCCUCCAGCGCCGCGGUCAACGUCACAACCAAAAAGCCACCACCGAGUCAGCCCCCCGGGAACAUCAUAUGGAAUUCAUCCGACUCCAAGAUCAUACUGAACUGGGACCAAGUGAAAGCGCUGGAUAACGAGUCGGAAGUGAGAGGCUACAAAGUUUUGUACAGGUGGAACAGGCAGAGCAGCACGACCGUAAUAGAAACGAAU